UCUCUAUCUUCGUGAUGAUUUAAAUAAUUAUACAUGAUGUACACAAUUAUAAAAAACAAAGAAACAAUUUUUGGAGUUGCUAUAAAAGGAAGAGAGGCUAUACCCCAUAUUAGUACAUCAGUUUCACACCCUAGUUUAUAACACAAGAUCAAUAUAAUGGAAAAAAAAGUGUCUGAUCUUCUCUCUUCAACAUGGGAAGAAGGAGAUGCAAGUGAUCAACACUCAACACAAACAUAUGUUGAGAAAAAACUCAAGAUAUUCGGCUUCGAGCUACAUCCUGACAAAGCCAACCAUUUGAGGUCUACCGAAGGGGACGAAAGCGAAAAUUCAUCCUCACCAACUAUAGAAAAGAAUCCAAUUCCUACAGAUUUGAAGAAGUUCGAGUGCCAAUAUUGUUUCAAGGAGUUCAUAAACUCCCAAGCAUUAGGUGGUCAUCAGAAUGCACACAAGAAAGAAAGACUGAAGAAGAAAAGGUUGCAAUUACAAGCUAGAAGGGCAAGAAUGAACUACUACCUCCAACCCUAUAUCCACUAUAAACUUGGCGAUUUUCAUGGCCCCGAGUUUGAGUCUAGCAUUAGUUUUAGUCAGCAUGAAGAUGAUGAUGAUGAUAUGCUGUCUUUUAGGGAUUCAUGCAAUUUUACUCUUACACAUGUUGAUAACCCAAGAGGGAACUGCAGACCAGCUGCCAUCAAACCCUCUCCUAGACCGGUUAAUUUAAAGCACAACUAUGUAGGUUUAGAUCUUCAAUUGAGUUUGAGCUCCAACUCAAACUCCAUCAUGUAACCCAAAAAUCCAUCUUCUUUACCUCCACAAACUAAUGUAUUUCUUGGGAAAUUCAACUCAUGAUCGAUCAUAUGUAAUUAAAUUAAUUCUUGGAGCUAGCUAGUAUUAUAAAUAUUUGUUCUUGUAUGAUCUUGAUGUUGAUGGAGAAGAAUUGAAGAGCAUAGUUAAUAACUUU